AAUAAAUCUUUUUUUUUUUAAAAGGGGGAAAUGCCCAUGGCCAUGGGUUCUUCAGCGAGUGGGAAUGGAAUCAAGCUAAAGAAAGAUAAAGAACCUCUCUUUUCUACUCCAAACCCUAACCCUAAUCCCAAUCCAAUGCCGACCGGCGAUGGCUCUUCCGGCGACGCGGCGGCGCUCUCGCGGGCGGAGGUCCUCAGCCGGCGAUCUCUGCGAGCGAAGCAGCUCGCUAGGGUUUAUAGAAGGCAUUACUGGUCGUUGAUUGAGGAGAUUAGGGUUAAGCAUCGGGACUACUAUUGGGAAUUUGGGAAAAGCCCUUUGGAGGAGGAGAAUGAGAAUGGGAAUGAGGAGGGCGAGAGGAAAAGGUGCGGGUUUUCUGGGUGUAAAUCGAAGGCGAUGCCGCUGACGAGGUUUUGUCAUCAGCAUAUAUUGGCUGAUGGCAAGCAGACGCUGUACAAACCUUGCGGAUUUGCGACGAAAAGUGCGCAGAGUGUCCACAUUACAUGUGGGAAGCCAGUUCUGAGAUCUACAGUUCCCUGUCUCUGCCCUGUGCACUUUCAGAGGAUUCAGAAACAGAUUUCGCAAGCUUUGAAGAAGGCUGGCGUUAGUUCUUCAAAUAAGGCUCCUCCAAAGUUUCAUGUCUUGGUUUCUGAAUGCGUGAGACAAAUUCAAGCCAGAAGAAGAAAAUUAUUGAAUGCAGAAGUAAAUGCAGAUAAGGUUAACAAUGACAAUUAAAUCUUUGAUGCUAGUGGUUUGCAUGUCAGGCAGAAAAAAAGGAAAGAAGAUGGGUGCAAUUAUAAAAUACUGUCACAAGAGUUAGUUUGCAUUUAUUUCUCUUUAGCUCCUGAUUCUUCACUAAAGACCGCUCAUUAGACAGAGGCGGAGAUCAUUGACCAGAACACGUUGUUGGACAUCAUCGGCUGCCUUGCCCAGUGGAAGAAAAACUCAUUAUUUGACGAGGUAUGUCUCAGGCAAAUAAUGUCAUGGGAAUAACCGGCUUGAACCCCAGUAAGACGCAACAUACCUGAUCCGUUACCGGUGAUGACAGCAUGCUAUUGAUAAUGCGAAAAAUCGUAAAUACUCUCCAUCAGCUAGUUCCAUUCAACAUUGUGUGAAAUUGAAAAACCAAAUUGUUUGCAUAAACCCCUUUUGCUGCAAAAUUAUUGUUGGUGGAAUCUGUGUAGGGUAUUAUCCAGUCUCUUUCGGAAUUGAGCAUGAAAUCAAGUUGCCAUUUGGUACGGAUUGGUUGGCAUUGAUACCUUUGCUUGCUUGCUUACCUUCUCCUGCUCAGAGGUGGCACAUUGUCUCUGUUCUGAUUCUUUUUUUUUCUGGGAAAAAGAACUGACUCAUGGCUGUAGCAUGAGCUUUUGUACAGUGUAUAUUCAUCAAACUGCAAUUUGAUUGCAGUUUACUGUGUAUAGGACAAUUUAAGAACAAUUUCAUACUAGUCUGGAAAAUAAUUGACUGUAAUUUGAAAUGUUGAUAUAAGUGGUCAAUUGCUUC